AUGAACUAGCUAUCAAAUUAAUUAAGUGAAUAAGAUGAAAGUAGUUAAGCAUCGAAUACUUCGAUUGAGAAUCAAAACAUAAUAAAUAUAAGUCAAAACUCGGAUAGAGAAGAAAUAAAUAUAGAAGAUUAAUGCUUUAAUUCGAUCAAUUUUUAAGUUAGAAAAGGCCAAAAGGAUUCAUCUAUUGAUUUAGAAAGCAUUUAAAAUGAAGAUACUGAUUAGUAGAAGCUUAUAGAAAUUUUAUAAAAUUAGUAAUAUUUUGAAUUGAACAAAUAAAAUUUAAAGUAAUAGCUCUAUAGUGUCAAUUGCUUUAUCCCUGAAGAUGAGCUCGAGAAUGAUUUCAGUAGUAGUGAGAAAUUAGAGUAGGACAUUAAGAAGUAGAAUAAAAGCAUCAUCUCUGAAUUAACUUAAAUAAGCUUAAACGAAGUUGCUCAAGGAAACUCUAAAAAUACAGAUAUUCACGAUGAUGAUAAAAAAAAUUAAGAGGGAGAUUAAAGUUAAAAUUAAUAAAAUGCAGAGGUUCAGAAAGAAAUAGAAUGCUAUUAGCUAAGCGAAGAAUAAGUAUAGAAGUAGGAUCUAUUAAAUGAAAUCAAAUAUUUAUUAGAUAACAAUGAUUAUGCAGGCAAUAAAUAAUAAAUAGAAAAGAUGACUAGGUUAUUAGUAGAAAUUCCAUACUUUUAACAGAUUUUAACUAGCGAUGGAUAUAAAAAGGAAGAAAUUUUAAGUGUUUGCUAAAUAUUGCAAGGUUAAAAUGUGUAGUAAAAUAAUUUUUUAUUUCAUAUUAAUGAUCCAUCAGACUAUCUCUACAUCUUGUUAGAUGGAUAUAUGGCUGUUUACGUGCCAAAAAGUGAUCAUGAUGUUUAAUAAGAAAUUGAUAUUAAUUAUAACAUUGUAUUAAAUGAGAAGCUACUCAAUAAAAUGUAAGCUACAAACCACAUGCAUCAAGCAAAGCAAGAAGCAAAGAAUAAAUUAGAAAUGCUUUAUAAAUAAAGAUAAUUAUAUUUUAACAAAAAUCAUGAAGAUUUUUUGAAAUAAUCUUCAAAUAACUCUCAAAAAUAUUUCAAUUAAGAGUAGUAAAAAUGCAGAUUUAGAAGAGCAAGAGUAUUAAAACCAGGAGAUGUGUUUGGUCACACUGCAUUAGCAAUAAAAAAAAACAGAACUGCCUCAGUAAUAGCUAUGAAUAAUUGUGUUUUAGCUAAAAUACACGGAUCUUUAUAUAGCAAAUACUUUAAGAGAGAAUAUGAGAAAAGAGAGUUUUUACUUAAAUGCAUGAGGUUAUUUCUUUAGUUUCCUUAAAAAAAUGUAGACAGAAUUGAGAGCUCUCCAUUUUUAUUUAAGGAAGUGUCAUUUAAGAGGAAUGAAAUAAUCUACAAAAGAAAUGAUGAUAAAGCAUCUAAAUUUUAUUUUGUGUAUAAAGGAGGUGUUGAAAUGAUUAAGUAAGUUACAGGGUAUGAUAUUCUUAACUUUUCAAAUAGACUUGAGAAAUAGAUGUAAAAUAAAGUUAGGAAAUACACUUAAACUAAGGACUUAUGUGUUUUGAAUAUUAAUCCAGGAGAUUUUUUUGGUCAUGAAGAUAUUUUUGAUCAAUAAAAAAGAUAAUUAACUGCUCAGAGCUCAUCUAGUGAAACCAUAUUAUUUGAAAUUGAACUCUAACUACUUAAUGAGCUAGAUUCUCCUCUCAUUUUACAAAAUGUUAAAUAACUAGGAGAAUAAAGAAAAUAGAGAUGCUUAGAGAAAUUGUAGGAAAUACAGUCUUUUAAAUAGGAAAACUUGCGUUAAAAGCCUGUUUAAUCAUAAUUGCCUUAAGAUGUGCAAAGAAUAAUUAAGGAGUAAAUUGUUUAGAAAUCAUUAAAUUACUAGCUCAAAAUAGAGUAAGAUAAACGCACUUAACUAGAAAACUAAGAACACCUUCAAUUAAAAGAUUAAAAACUAAGUUUAGAAAUAGAUCCAAGCAAAAAUAAAAGAAUGAUUUUAGGUGAUGAUUCAGACUAUCAAAGAGCUAAACAAAAAAUCUAAAAAAUGCUAGAAGGUCAAUUAGGAAAACAAGAAUAAGCUGAAACUUAUUAUCAGAAAAUUUCUAGACCAAUGCAAAUUAACAAUUUUGAAAAUUGCUUAAAUUACAUUUAGACAGUGCCUUCUUUUUCAAAAUUAAAGUCAAAUCAAUUUUUGCCUUCUCUCAAAGAAAGCAUUCACAUUUUUGAAGAAGAAAAGCUUAAAAAGAAAAUUUAACAAUCGUAAAUGACUAGAAAAAUGAGUAUUGAAGAUCAUAGUUAAUCAAAGAGCAUAAAAUUUAGAUGCAAUAGUAGUAAUCUCAUUCCUAGUAAUAACCAUGCUGAAUAAGAUCAGUUAGGGUUAAAUCCUAAUUCUUAUGAUUAAUCAUAAAUAUCUUCAUUUCAUAACAAAGCUAAAAAUGGAGAAAUAAAUUAUAAAGUACUUACUCCUUUGCACAUAAAAUCAUCAUAUUAGUUAAAUUUAGAAGCUGAAUUAAUCGACUAAUCCAAAAAAAAAGCAGCAAAUAUUGAAUAUUCCACUCCAAAAAGUUUAUUUUCUAAUUAAAAUUUAUCUCCGAAACUGAAUUUACAAGAUGAAGCCCAAGAAAAAUUGGUUAUUCGUAGCAGUUUCAAUUUUUAAACAGAAAGAGUUCAAGAAUAGCAAGAUUCUAAUUAACAGGUAAACUAAAACUUAACCGGUAGAUAAAGAUAAAGUUCUUUAUACAUAAUGAAUUAAUAAGUCCAGAAAGUUAAAAAAAAUAGAUUGAUCGAUAGAUAGUUAUUUAAUAAAGAAAGUGAUGAUAAUAUCUUAAAAAGCUAGUAAAGUAGAAAAGAGCAAAAUCUUUUUUAGAAUUCAAAGAUUAGAGCACAAUCUUUAUAUGAAAAAAAAUAGAGCUCGAUAUAAAUUGAAAAGUAAGAUAAUAUUUAUAGAGAAUCUAAAUCAUUUCACUAAAAAGAAAUAUCUUCUAAUAACAGAAAUUAAUCUUUUUAGAAUAAUUUUUAUUAAAAAGGAUGUUUUUCUAGUUAGCAAAGUUAAAACUAGAAUGUUUUAUAAGAAAUUUAAAAUGAUAAAACUGAUUGUAAAAAUUCAAAAGAAAAUAAAUCUGACUUUAAUAAAUAGCACUUACUCAACAUGCUGAAAAUAAAAAUUGAUAACAAAGAUAACGAUGAAUCUAACCCUCUUAUAAUUAAGUAAUAUAAUCUACCUGCAAAUACUGUUAAUUCAAAUAAACUGAUUAAAAGCCAUUCAACAGAUAAAAAAAGAGAAAGUGAAAAUCUUAUUUAAAAAAAACUAGACUAACUACAUGCUUUGCUCUCGCCUUUAUCUAAAAAAAGUAUCACUAAAGUUAUUAAUAAAGUAUCUCAAAAGAAAAACAAAAGCUAGUUAAUGUAAGAAUAAAUAAAUAUGGGAACUUCUACUUAAGAUAUUUUUAAGUAUAAUAGUCCAAUAAUCCUAAGUCCCAUUUAUAAUGUUCAAGCUAGUACAGCAAAAAACGCUAAUAGUAAUAACAACAAUAAUGCUAAUAAAAAAUUCUUCGCAGAAGAUAGUUUCACUAUUCAAUCCUAUAAAUCAUUGAAUUCAAAUAAAGAAAUAAAGUCUAAAAUACUAAAACUUUCAGAAGCUGAUGAAAGAGUUUUGUAAAUAAGUGCUUAGUUGAGAACAGCUUCUUCUUCGUAAAGUAUCGAAAAUUAUUUAGAACCUAAAAUAAAAAACCAUAAGAUAGCUUCUUUCUAAAAGGCCUCUGAAUCUAUAAAGAGAUUUAUCAUAUCUCCUCAAAGAACUUCUUUAGAAAACUAAAAAAACAAUAAAAAAUUUACUUUUAAAAUAACAAACCAAGAAGAAGAGGAAGAAUUCUAUCAAACCAAUAAAAAAUAUGUUUAAAGUUUAAUUUUUCCCGAUUUAAAAUUUCCAGUCUACAAAAAUCAAAGCUGA